CACGGGGCGUUCUCCCGCUGAGCCUGAAAAGCCGAACUCUCUUUUCCUCCUAACAAGAGAUCGGGAGAGAGAGAGAGAGAGAGAGAGAGAGAGAGAGAGAGAGAGAGAGAGAGAGAGAGGAUAUUGAGAGGUCCACCUGCAGAAAAGGAGACCGAGGAGGAAGAGAGACCCGGAAAGCAUGACGACAGAGAUCAACUCUAAAGGUGUCAGCGCAGGGCUGAUUGUCUUGCUUGUUGUUGUUGGAGUUGUGCUGACCUUCAUUAUCGGGAACACUGUCCUCUAUAUAUAUGCUCAGAAGAGUGCUCCACCAAGAAAGAAGAAGCCUGUUUCCAAGAAGAAAAUGAAGAGAGAAAAGCUCAAGCAAGGUGUCUCGGCACCUGGGGAAUAAACCUCCAAUAUCAAAAUUUCAAGAGUCUGACUCCCUUUUUAGGUCUAGGUAGGCAGGAUGUUCUUGUACUUGUACUGUGGUAUCUUGAUGAGAAUUUUCUUGGUUUUUGAUUGCUUAGACCUUGCUGGAGAUUUGUUAGAAAUUGCUCUUGGCAAUUGUUUGAACCAUUUUUGGUUGACUCUCUCUCCAUCCAGUGAACCGCCUGACAGUAGUUUAGCA